AAGGAAGUACGAGACCCGUAAAGUCUCACUUCUGUUUUUUUUUCUUCUGGAAUGCUGCAUGUCGAAAGCCCACGCGUGGAUCCCGUGGUGUGUAAAUAAGUGAUAAGAGAUGCCAGCAGCUGUUAGCCUCAAGGUGCCGUAAAGCAAGGAGCCAGGAUUAAACAGCUUAUGAACAUCUGAUACUGUGAAGGCCCGCCUCAGCGGCCAUGUUGGAUUCCCUCCACACAACGUUGGCGUCAAUCAACCUUUACCCGUCGCCCCAGAGCACCCCCGACUUCUCCCCGCUUCGCCUUUCGCACAGCCGGGCCGCCGGGAAAAAGGUCGACGUGGCGCCGUCAGCCGGCUUCAGUUGUUAAACAGGUUUUUGAAAAUGUCUUCUGCAUACCAGCAUCUGCUCUCGUGGAGUUUACCUCACCUCCUCCUGCUGCCACUCACCCACCUCCUACUCCUGGCCCCUCCCACAGGCGUAUCAGCAGAUCUCUGCCGGGUCACGGGCGGGGUGCUGGGGAUCCAGUGGAGCAGCGUCCUCGGCCUGGGCUGGUACCCUCUUGCAGAGGGGAAAGGCGGGGCGACAUGUUGGGAGGCCUGCUGCCUGAAUCCCAGCUGCAACGCUGUGUGGAUCCUCAGUGGGCGAUGCGUGCUUCUUCGUUGCUCCUUGAAGGGCGGCUGCCCCAUCUUUUAUAUGCCCCAACCUCACGAAGAGUCGCUCGGCCUCUUUCAGAUGCUCUCCAAGGGUCCUGCCACAAAAAGGGGGAGGAGGGUCCGCCAUGCACAACAAGGCCCACAAACAGAACAACAGACCAGCACGGAAAACUCAAAACUAGGUACGGCACACCCGACUCUGUUGGCGCCCAGCACCAGCGUAGUUCCACAAGCAGAGCAGAGGAACACCAGUCAAGUGAACGGCAGCAGUGAACGCGCCUCGGGUCCCUCCCAGCAGAACUCCACCAUCGAUGACACCAGUGAGGUCGCCACUUCUUCCAAUACCAGUGAUGUCGGCACACCUCCAACACAGGCUGCAGUGAGGGAGCUGGUGGUGUCGGCAGCGGAGAGUGUUGAGGUCACGCUACCGUGCGACCAUGUCGAGCUGAAUGCCUUUGUGUUGCCAACACCUCCGCCAGAUACAAAGUAUGCAUUUGACUGGCGUCUGAUAACACAUCCCAAAGAUUACAGCGGGCAGAUGGAAGGGCAGCACAGCGAGACCCUAAAACUCAGCCAGCUGACGGUUGGCCUGUAUGACUUUGAGGUGACCGUGGAUGGGGAGGGCGCGCAUGGACAAGGUUACGUCAAUGUUACUGUGAAGCCAGAGCUGCGGGUAAACAAGCCCCCUGUUGCUGUGGUUUCCCCAAAGUUCCAAGAGAUUUCCUUGCCAACAAGCUCUACGGUGAUUGACGGCAGCCAGAGCACAGACGAUGACAAAGUGGUGGUGUGGCAUUGGGAGGAGGUCAAAGGUCCCCUCAGGGAGGAGAAGGUCUCUGCCAACACGGCCGUCCUCACCCUCACCAACUUGGUGCCGGGGAACUACACAUUCAACUUGACUGUGACCGACUCAGAUGGUGCCCAAGACUCAACACAAGCCACCCUGUCUGUCAACAAAGCCAAGGAUUACUGGCCCGUUGCAAAUGCCGGCCCUAACCAGGUCAUCACUUUGCCACGCAACUCCAUCACAUUGUACGGGAACCAGAGCUUAGACGACCACGACUCCCUGGCCUAUGAGUGGUCCCUCACCCCUGAGAGCAAAGACAAGGUUGUGGAGAUGCAAGGUGUGCGCACGCCCAUCUUGCAGCUGUCGGCCAUGCAGGAGGGAGACUACACCAUCCAGCUGACUGUGACGGAUACAGCCGGACAGCAAGACACAGCCCGGGUCACAGUUAUUGUGCAGCCAGAAAACAAUAAACCACCAAAGGCAGACGCGGGGCCGGAAAAGGAACUGACGCUGCCAGUUGAUCGAACUACGCUUGAUGGCAGUAAGAGCAGGGAUGACCAGAAGAUCGUCACCUUCCACUGGAAACAGAGCAGUGGCCCAGAGGGUGUGAAGAUUGACAACGCCGACAGUGCUGUUGCCACGGUGACCGGUCUGGAGGUUGGCACCUACGAAUUCACCCUGACUGUGACCGAUGAGAGGAAGCUGCAGAGUAGCGACACGGUCACGGUCAUCGUCAGAGAAGAACUGGACCAGCCUCCCGUGGCGCACGUGGUUUCCAGUCCUUCCGUCUCCCUGCCCGUGCGAACAGCCACCCUAGAUGGAUCUCACUCUACCGACGACAAAGGUGGCAUCAGCUACCUGUGGACCAGAGACGACGGCAGCCCCGCGGCCGGGGAUGUGCUGAAAAACUCCGAUCACCAAGCAGUCUUGUUUUUGGGAAACCUGGUGGAGGGCAAGUACCAAUUCACCCUGACUGUAACGGACAGUAAAGGUCAAAGCAGCACUGACCACGGCACAGUGGAAGUUAAAGCAGACCCGUGGGAGCGUGACCAGGUGGAGCUGGUGUUGGAGGUGCCCAUCACGCAGGUUUCCCACCGCCAACGUGACAUGCUGCUGCGCCAGGUUGGAGUGUUGCUGGGCGUGCUUGAUAGUGACAUCAUUGUUCGAGAGAUCAGCGCAUUCAAUGAGCAAAGUACUCGAUUGGUCUUCCUGGUGUCAGGCGGUCCAGGGCGCCCUCCUCUGUCUGGCCACAGUGUUGCACUCAGCCUGCGCAACAAGCUACGCAAACAGAAGAACGACUUUCUCAUUUACAAGACGCGGCGAGUGGACACAGUCAUCUGCCAACUCAACUGCUCCAGUCAUGGCGAGUGUGACUCCUUCACGCGGCGCUGUGUCUGCCAGCCUUUCUGGAUGGAGAACAUCAUCAGGGCCCAGCUGGGCGAUGCAGAGAGCAAUUGUGAGUGGAGUGUACUGUAUGUGACCAUAGCCUCCUUUAUGAUUGUGGUUGCUGUGGCGACGGUUGUCUGGGGCGUGGUGUGUUGCUGUGACAGACGGAAGAACAAAGCACGCAGAAGCAAAAGCCGAUACAAAAUGUUGGAAGCUGACGAGCAAGACAUUCUGGAGCUGCAACCACACAGAGCUGGCCGCGUCAAGCCAGCGCCCGCCCCCACCUCCUCUGCCCUCAUGCACUCCGACUCCGACCUGGACAGCGACGACGGGCACGUCGGGGCACCGUGGAAGGAGCAGGAGCGCGGGCACCUUCUCCGAGCGCAGAACGGCUUCCUGAGGAACGGCCAGGGUCCAGCGAGGGGAAAGAAGCACAGAGACGAGCUGCUAUAGCAAAAGAGAAGGUGACGCUCACCUCUCUCCGCACACACGCACACACACACACACACACACACACACACACACACACACACUGAUCCGUCCCUGGAACUUGAGAGGGGGAAAAAAGGAAGUCAAAAUACUGCUUUUAAGAAGCCACUGGAAUACACACACACUGAAUGAACACCACUUGGUUUUUAAUAUGCACUUUCAUUUCAUGACUGUCAGAAUCGCCGUUGAAUCUUUACAGAAUCAAUCAAAUUGCAUAUUUAUCCUUACUUGCCUUUUCGGGACAUAUUUAUUAGCCAGUCGGUCGAAUCUGUUCUGUGCAGAACGAGCUGAAACCAAAUGAAUUCUUUCCAUAAACAUUUUUCUUUGGUCUUAUAAGAGUAGCCAUGGAUACAACAAUAACCACACACACACACAAACAGAAAAAAAAUGAUUUAAAGAAAGAUUUAUUUCCCAUGUUGAAGUUUGUAUGUGUGAGAGAGAGAGAGGCGCUUCAACCAAACGACGUUCCACUUUGCAUGCAGGAUGUGCAACACACGAGCCUGGAAGUUGAAUUCCACAUUUUGAAUCACUGUUAACGCGUUGAAUGUCCGAGAGGGUUACGUCACUGCCCGCACGAAAUGUGAAGCAACCUUUUUUUUUUUUUUGUUUGUUUAUUUUCCAUGCUUUUGCAGCUAAAUCAUCUCCUAAAAACAUGAGGAUGUGUUAUUUUGUUAAACUUAUCUGCAUUGACUGGAGCAGGCAAAGUCAAACGAAGCACACCCAAGUGCCAAUUCUCUUCUUAAAAUAAAAAAAAAAAACUGCCCGUCCUUUUUACAUUUUGGAAUCGACCGUGACUUUCCUGGAGUCCACUGUGAAGGGCAUGAAGAAAUACAAGUCUUUUUAAAAAUACUUUUAAGGAGACUGAAGGAUUACGUUUGUGUGUGUGACCUGAUACAACCGGAUUAUCUGGGAAUUAGAAUGAAGACUUACAUUUUUUUUCUUGGCUUUAUGAAGGAUUUUAUUUAUGUUAGGAAAUACGUUACCUUUCAGAAUUGAGUACACCUCUCGCAUUCCAUACUUGAGUUACCAGCGAUUAAAGGGACACACUUUUUUUUUUACAAGCUGUACACUGGCUAAUCUACAUCAAGUGUCAUUUCUUCGGCUUUGAAAUAUUAGCAGGAAUGUGACGUUUGCGUGUGUUUACAUUUCUCACAUUUAAAUUCAUGUUCUAAAAGCUUCCAAAGUCCUGCUGUUGGUUUUGUUAAAGAAAAGUAUUUUUGUUUGAUUUUUUUAUUGAGCUAUUAAAAACUCUAGUGAUCA